AUGCCCGAAAACUAUCAACUAUAUUAUUGCUUCACUCGAUUCGCUAUCGAGCUCAACGAGCCUCCGCCUAUCGAUUCAGUAAGUCGUGGCUGCAUACCAAUCACGGACAGUCGACUGAGACCCGACCAACGGUUGCUCGAAGAGGGUCAGGUGGACGAAGCAGAAAUGGUAAAGAUGCAGAUAGAACAGGCUCAGCGGGAUCGCAUCAAGCCGCAACAAGCCUCUUCGAUCACAGAACCUGCUGAUGCUCGGGGUGGAGAAACAAAUAGGAAGGACCUGGACGAGCCGGACGCGUCUUGUGGAAAUUCCAACUGGCUAAGCAGAACAGAUUGCUCCAAUCACUCUAGCGUCUUGGAUGCCGAUAUCGAGUGGAAGCCAAGAUGGUUUGUGUAA